CUCCCAAAACCCUAAACCUGGCAAACCGAAUUCUCUUCCAGAGGCGAAGCCAAAGUAGAUCCAACGCCACAGGUUUUCAAACCUCGCCAUGGCCGCCGACCCCUCGAAGCCCUUCUUCCCCGUUGAAUCCUCCCGCCAUCCCAAACCCCCCUCCCGAAAGCCCCAAACCCCUACAGCGGAAUCCAAGUUUUGGCGCUCCUUCAAGAACUCCGAGCUCGCCUCUGGCCUCAUCCUCCCCGUCACCGCCCUCGAGUUCUCCCCCGCCCCUCCCCACGACCUCGCUGCCGCUUCCUCCGCCGCCGUCCACCUCUUUGACGGCGCCACCCUGUCGCCCAAGCCGUUUUCUCCCCUCUCCUCCUUCUCCGACGUUGCUUAUUCCCCUUCCUUCCGCUGCGACGGCUCCCUUCUCGCCGCCGGCGGUGAGUCCGGCAUCGUCCAGGUCUUCCGCCUCGACCACGCUGGCCACGCCCUCCGCCGCCUCCGCGCCCACUCCCGCCCCGUCCGCGUCGUCCGCUACCCCCGCGUUGCUGACAAGCUCCACCUCUUCUCCGGCGGCGACGACGCCCUCCUCAGCUACUGGGAUGUCCCCUCUGAGACUCAAGUCCUCUCCUUUCCCGGUGCCCACCGUGACUACAUUCGGGCUGGCUCCCCCUCCCCCGUCAGCUCCGAGGUCAUUGCCACUGGCUCCUAUGACCACACCGUCAAGGUCUGGGACGUCCGGGUCUCUUCCAAUGCCAAACCGGUCUUGGAGUUCAGCCAUGGGGCACCUGUCGAGAGUGUGCUCUUCCUGCCUUCUGGGGGUCUUCUCGCCACUGCUGGUGGGAAUUAUGUCAAGAUUUGGGAUGUUAUUGGUGGCGGGAGGCUGGUCCACACUGUGGAGGGCCACAACAAGACAGUCACAGCCAUGUGUCUCGGUAGAAUUGGGAACAAUGAGAGUAGCAGCCAUGGAGGCGGGGAAUCGAGACUCAUGAGUGUAUCCAUUGAUGGGUAUUUGAAAAUUUUUGAUUUUGCGGCACAUAAGAUCACCCACUCGAUGAGGUAUCCGGCACAGCUCUUGUCAGUGGGAUUCUCUCCAUCUGGGUUGGCUCGAGUUGUGGGAACUUCGAAUGGUACCAUCUAUAUGGGGAAGAAGAAGAUGAAGGAGAAGGAGGAGGAUAUUUUUGGAGCAAAGAUUGCUAGUGAGUUCAAUACUUUUGCUCCAGAACCUGAGAAGCGCAUUCUGAGGCCAAACUUUAGGUACUUCCGUCGAGGCCAAAAUGAGAAACCACAGGAGACUGAUUACAUGGUGAAGAGAGCAGCAAAGGUGAAGCUGGCUGAGUAUGACAGGCUAUUGAAGGAAUUCAAGCACAAGGACGCGCUUAUUGCUGUGCUAAAUAGGAAGAAUCCAGAUAGUAUUGUGGCUGUAAUGGAGGAGCUGGUGGCAAGGAAGAAGCUGCUCAAGAUUGUGGUGAAUUUGGAUACAGAUGAGCUUAGAUUGCUUCUGGGCUUCCUGCAUAAGUAUGCUACCAUGCCAAGGUAUGCUAGGUUUUUGAUGGGGCUGGCGAAGAGGGUUCUCGAGUUGCAUGCUGAGCAUAUCCGAUCAAAGGAUGAGUUGAGAGGUUAUGUUAGGAAUCUUAAGCGCAUGAUAGCAGAGGAGAUCAAGAUACAGCAUUCUUUGCAAGAGAUACAGGGGAUGAUUUCGCCUUUGCUCGUGAUUGCUGGAAGAUGAGGUUUCCACUAUCACUUCUUCAUGGUGGGAUGUGAUUUAUCCAUCGCAUGUGACAUGUCCUGUAUCUAUACAUACCACUGGGACUGUCUGCAAAGAGUGUUUUUUCCCUGAAUCACAUGGCUUGCCUGUAGAAGUACCAUUUUACUUGCUUAAGUAUCUUCUUAUUGUUCCUAGUUGGCCAGUUCUGGUGUCCCAAGUUGAAACUGUUGAAUUGUCAUUGUUCAAUUGCAGAUUUUGUUUUUUUUUUAAAGUUAGUUCUAUAUGAUUGGUACCCGUUGUAAUGUUCUGUUUCAAUGAGUUAGCAUCUAUAUGGAAACUUCUUUUGAACUCUUAAUACAAA